AUGACCGCUAGCGUGCCAUAUAUACCAAGUUACAUGGACUUAUCUAAUGGACCGGAACCUUGUGUAGUUUGCGGGGACGCUGCGACUGGGUAUCAUUACCGUUGCAUGACAUGCGAAGGAUGCAAGGGCUUCUUUCGACGAACCAUCCAGAAAAAUCUACAAUACCAUUGCAAAUGGAGUAAAGGCUGUGUCAUAGACAAAACCACGCGAAAUCAAUGUCAAGAGUGCAGAUUCAUCAAAUGUUUAAAUGUUGGCAUGGCAACAGAUCUGGUGCUGAACGAAAAACAACGUACGGCCAAGAGAAAACUAAUAGAAGAAAAUAGAGAGCGCAGAAAAGAAGAACAAGUGAAAACAAAGCCUACUGAAUCCCCGCCAUUGAAUGAUACUUUAUCGGACCAGGACAGAGGAAUGAUUUGUGAAGUGGUCACUGCCUAUGAAUAUACUUCUGGAAAAGUGCAAAAUACUAAACAUAAGCCUGAGUACGAGGGUGCCGAGAUUCAAACCCAGGAUCCGGAGUCAUGGCAACAGCUGGCGGAGGCGAUGACGCCAUCCAUCGUCAAGGUCGUUGAGUUUGCGAAAGGGGUGCCUGGAUUUACCGAGUUGAACGUAGAUGACCAGAUAUGCCUGCUUAAAGCCUGCUGUAUGGAGGUCAUGUGUCUGAGAGCCGCGUGCAGAUUUGACCCCGAGCAUGAGACCCUCUUCCUCCACAAUGGGGUCAACCUCAAUAAAUCCCAGAUUCACGAGGAGGGCGUGGCCGUGCUUGUGGAACCAAUAUUUGACUUUGCCAUGGGGCUUUCAAAACUGAAGCUUGACAAAGCUGAGGUUGCUUUACUCGCUGCAAUACUUCUUAUUCAAUCGGAUCGGCCCGGUUUAAAGGAGCCAGAAAACGUGGAGAAGCUUCAGGACGCUAUACUCGGUGCUUUUAAGCGGUACGUGUCGGAAAACCGACCCCACCAGCCCGUGCAUUGGGCGAAAAUACUCAUGAAAGUCACAGACUUACGCAGCAUCUCCACACGCCAUGCGGAGAGAGUGCUGUGUAUAAGACUGGACAAUUCCGGUGAAGUCCCGCCCUUGUUGCUGGAAAUAUUCAAUGAAGGCCAUUAAUCGUAAUACAUGUAAAUGAGUGUGCUAGGGAACGUGUUGGAUGGAUUACAAGUGUUUUUUAAGA